AUGGGUAACCUCACACACCUGGCCAACUGUCGAGCUCACCUCCUUCGCAGUCUAGACAACACACUAUGCACCAUCGAUAUACACCCAACAACUCGCUCAGCGGUUGCGCCAGGGACAACACCAACCAAUGAGCCUUCAACCCCGGGGCAUGGUCAGCAUUGUCGGCAGCCAGCCGAUUAUGUAGCCCUCCCCAGGGGGGAUGAGGAGCACCAGAUGGGCGUGGAGACCAAAGAGGCAAUUCAAGGCCUACUGCUGAAGCAUUUCAAGCUCAGUGGUCGAGAAACUCACCAAAGGGGCCAACCACUAGGGCGCGGUCAAUUGCAGGGUAUGAAUAUCACCAUCUACGUGACUGAGUUGUAA